UCUGUUGCUGGCGGCGGAGGUUACUGUUUCGGUUGCGCUUUGACUGGACUGUUGCGCGGCGUGGAUUAAUGCGCUCCCUGGCCGUUCGCCGGCGAACAGCCCGAGGCGGCCUCUCGCGGCCGUGCGUGCGGCGGCCGCAAGCGUGCGGGCGCGCGACAAGACGCCAGCUUUCCGGUGUCUCGUGCUGUUAAUGCCCAAUGCCUUGCGAAAGCUCGUCUUUUUCCUCGUUUUUUCGUUGCCUGCAUCACUCUGCGUUUGACUGCUCGUCAGCCUUUACGCGCGCUCUCGUUCGUGGGAGAGCCUCGCCGGAGGAUUCGACCGGAUUUGAUGUGCGCAUCUUCAAAUUCUCUCGGCUUUUCCUUUUUCGCUGCGUUGCAAAAGCUGCUGUGUUCUAGCUUUUCUGCGUUCUUAAUUUGGAGGAGGCGUACGGAUCACUGUUCGCCCGAAUUAUUUCCACAGUUGUUCAACCGGGGGCCUUUUUAUAUGCUCUCUCUGUCUCUCUCUCUCUUCUUUUUUGAAUUGCUCGAUUCUUUUUGCUCCUCUUUUUCGUGCAGGUGUGUUCUUCUCGCGCUUGCUCCUUGCCGUUUCGGGUUUGGUCUGUUGCUCUGCUCUCGUGCAGCCUCUGAUUGCAGCACACCCAGUCACCCACACCCUUCUGCUAUUUGGGAAUAUCCGAAACUAUUCGGAAUGUGGCACCUCCUAGCCGGAAUGCCUCUGAAAUCAUUUUGGAGAUGGGUAGGACUCAUUGAGUGAUCUCUGGCAAAUGAUAGAACAAGCAGUACAGAACUUGUCCUUAGAAAAGUACUGUAGGUUUUAUGUUUCAAGGGUACAGCUUGAUGUUUUGUUCCUUUUUUUCCAAACAAUUUCUUUUUCAAAGGCAAAUUUGUUUUUUGGUUCUAUGCAAGUGAUUAUUCCCAGAUAUGCCGGACCAUUGAUGACAUAUUAUCCACUUGUACCUACUGAUAGUAAACUGCCAAGGCUCUUACGAUGGAGGUCAAUGGUCAUCACAAACCUCGCGGAGAAUAUAAUGGCACCGGCUGCAAUGGUACUGUAGGAUCACCCAAUAAUUUUGGUGAUGUCGAUCCAUUGACAGAAUGGUUUUACAAACCUCGAACGAUCUCACUCUUGCUGAUGGGAACAGGCUUUUUAAUUUGGGAAAGUGGUGUUCUGGAUCCAGAAAGGAGCUUAUCUGCUGAUCGUGUUUCGUCGGUUAAAAGGGGUGUAUUUGCGAUGAUUGCUGUUUUUUUGGCCUACUCCUUUCUUCAGGCGCCUUCAACUGUACUCAUUAGACCGCAUCCUGCCAUUUGGAGGCUGGUCCACGGGAUGGCAGUUGUCUACCUUGUGGCCCUCACUUUUUUGCUUUUCCAGACUCGUGAUGAUGCUAGGCAAUUCAUGAAGUACCUUCAUCCUGAUCUUGGUGUUGAAUUGCCUGAAAGAUCUUAUGGAACUGAUUGCCGCAUAUAUGUACCUGACCAUCCAAAAAGCAGGUUUAACAAUGUUAAUGAGAUCAUUUUUGAUGAGUUUGUUAUCGCUCAUAUCCUUGGAUGGUGGGGUAAAGCUAUAAUGAUACGAAACCAACCACUUUUGUGGGUAUUAUCAAUUGGCUUUGAGUUGAUGGAGCUCACUUUUCGUCAUAUGUUGCCAAAUUUCAACGAAUGCUGGUGGGAUAGCAUUGUCCUCGACAUAUUGAUCUGCAAUUGGUUUGGUAUUUGGGCUGGAAUGAAAACUGUGCGGUACUUUGAUGGGAAGACAUAUGUAUGGGUUGGCUUGAGCCGCCAACCCAACAUUAUCAGUAAGGUCAAAAGGACGCUAGGCCAGUUCACACCAGCACAGUGGGACAAGGAUGAGUGGUACCCCCUGCUGGGUCCUUGGAGAUUCAUCCAGGUUCUGAGCCUUUGCAUUGUUUUCAUGGCUGUUGAGCUGAACACAUUCUUUCUCAAGUUCUGCCUGUGGAUUCCUCCUCGGAACCCCUUGAUCGUCUAUCGGCUGGUUCUUUGGUGGUUGAUUGCGAUACCAACCAUCCGCGAGUAUAAUACCUACUUGCAAGACAGGAAACCCUUUAAAAAGGUAGGAUCUUUCUGUUGGCUUUCCCUGGCUAUAUGCAUUGUAGAGCUCCUAAUCUGCAUCAAAUUUGGACAUGGUCUCUUCCCGAAGUCCAUGCCGUCGUGGCUGAUCACAUUCUGGACGGGGGUCGCCUUGCUUCUCGUGCUCUUCCUUCUUGUCUGGACUUUCAAAAUUUACCGAACAAUGAUAAGGAAAAGGUUAUAAAUUGUGACCAAAAUUAUUUAUUUGCCCCCAUUCUUUGCCCAAUUCAGUGUUGUCGUGUACAUAAAAAAAAUAUUCAAAUUGUGUACAUGUAGUGGUAGCCGAUCUUGGUGGUCUGAAGAGGAUGAUUAUCCAUGAGAAAUUUUUAUGCCUUGUUCGAUUUUGCAACAGCAAAGUAGGAUAGCAGUUCCCCUUUAAUUCGUUUGUAAUGGCAUACUUUGUCCAUCGGCUCUGAGAUGUGGAGUUACCUUGAUGCAACCUAUGAAAUUAUGAAUGAGGAUUCAAAUCUUUUCAGUCGAAA